AUGCCAUACAUCAGUGCUUCCAUCGACGCCUUUCUCGUCGCUACCGCCGCUGUCCUUAUUCCUAGUUUCUACCUUAUACGCCGGGGGCGAUCUUCGUUUGUACAGCCCAUACGGCCGGACGCGUCGUACCGCACGCUGCUAACGCUCCUCCUCGUCGCGCAUAGCGUUUAUAUCAUCUAUUUCACCCUCAUAUUCCGGCCACCGAACAUCUUCCAACGACUCCAAAUUCCAUUGACGGCGCCGCCAGACAUCGUCCGCUCUGUUUUGCUCGGACACUCGGGGCUGCCUGCAAACGCCACCCUCCCGAAGCCCCUCGAAACGCUGCUCACUCGUAUAUCGUCGUUCGAUAUGCGUACUCUAUAUGUCAGGUUCGGCCAAGCAGUAGUGCAAGACUGCGAACACUGCAAGACCUUUGACGAAUACGCGCUCUUCGCGCUUCCGCGGGCGUUGCUCGAAUACAUCCGAGAGACGGUCAUUCUGGGCCUCCUCACGAUAACCGGGAGCGACCGUGAACGCUGGCGGACAUACACCGUCGGCGCGCUCCUGGGCGCUGCAAUAAUCGAGGGAUACUGGAUCCUGACUGCACCCAUCCAUAUCCCCAAGAACGGACAGGGCGUCUUUAUGUGGCACGACAACCUCUGGUUGAUUCGCCAGCUGCUCUUCCUCUCUCUGCCCGUCCUCACGCACAACCUUGCUCCCACACCCGCUACGCCGCCGCCGAUCGCGGGGCUGGCCGCCGCACGUGGCGUGCUCGAGCAGACCGUGAACCGCCUAGCGAGCCUGCACUACACACAUGGCGCGGUCAUGCGCGAUCCCGCGCUGCGGGCAGCCGCAGAGGAGUGGUGGAAGCGCCAGCGGGUGGAGGGCGAGUGGGCGCGGAAUGACGAGAGCGUACGCCACAUCGCUGAGCGGCUGGGGCGCGGAUUCGGGGAGGCGCACGAGGGUGUACAGGAGGGGAGGUUGAGGGUUGCGGCGCGGGGGGCGGUGGUGGGUUUGAAGGCCGGGCUGGUCCCCGUUGUACAGUAA